AUGGGAGGAGCUUAAUCAAAUAGCUAAAGAUCUUUACUUAGUUGUCUAAAAUUCUUAAUAGAAGAUAUUGAACUUAUUGCCGAUUAAGAAUUAUUGAAAUAUUUGAGAGGAAUUUUAAUAAAAUUUCCAUGUCAUUUUGUAAAAAACAGGUAUAAUAAAUAUCAAAUAUUUUUUAGUAAGAAAAUAAUAAAAAUUAUUGCGAAAUCCAUACCACCUCAAAUUAUGUAAUUUGAAGACAUUUUACUCAACAAUAUAAGUUCAGUUUUUUAAUGCUCUUUAAUUGCAAAUAAAUAUAAUUUAUAUAAAUAAAUUGAGAAUUAGAAAAUAGAUUCAGAUUUUGUCAGAAAUUUUAGAUUGAUGAAUUUCGAAUAGUUGAAAUCUAAUUAUGAAGGAGAAUAUGAAAAUUCUUUAAUAUCAUUAUAUUAAGGAAUUAAAAUUUAUUGUCAUUUAGCAAAUAAGAUACUAAUUGAAUUAAAAAGCAAUAGUUUAGUGUAAUGUUAAGUUUAUGUUUUGAUUUGGGAACAUUUAUAAAAUCAUUUAAUUAAAUUUUCAAAGGAUCCAGAUUAUGAUUUGAAUCCAAUUAAUAAAAGUUUUGAUGAAAAAUAUUAUAAAUUAUCUCCAGAGAUAAAAAUUGAAAUAAUUGGAGGUAAAUUAUGGGGAAAUAUAGUUUAAUAAUUAGAUGUUGAUUUCAUACUUGAUGAAUUUAAAAAAGCAAGGAGAUCUAAUUAAUAAUCAAUAAUUCCAUUUAAUUAAAUAUUUAAUGCAAUAAUUGAUAUCAAUAUUGAUGUUGCUCAUUUAUAAUGGAUUGGGAGAAGUGAUUUUUAAUUUUCAGAUUAACUUAAUAAGAUUGUUAGAUUUAUUUAAGAAGAUUCAAAAUAACUAAUGGAUGAUUUAUAUAUGGAUUCAAAAGGAGAUUUAAUAAUGUUUUUUGAAAAAUGGGAAAAAGAUAAUUAUUUUCUUAAAUCUUCUUUGCCUUUAUGGAUUUGUGAAAAUUAUUUUGAUUGUAAAUUUUUUGAAUUUAGUGAAAAUAAAAUUUAAGGAGAUUUUAAAUUACUUUCGUAAGUCGAAUAAAAAAAACUGUUAGAUUAAUACCCAAUUUUAGAUUCUAACUCUAGACCAUUAAACUUUAUAGAUUAAUUUUAAUAAUCAUUAAAUUCAAAAUGCUUUUAGUUUGAUGAUUUUUUAUAAAAAAAUUCAGAAUAAAUUCUAAUUAAAAUGCUUUAAUGGUUAAAAGAAGAAAAAAAAUAUAGUAACAUUAUGUUAAUAAGUGAAAGUACGCAAUAAGGAGGUAGUGCUGCAAUUAAUUAUGAAGAUAUUUCUAAUUGUGUAUUUGAAGAAAACUCAUAAGAUUAAGGAAACUCUGCAAUUAGAUCUUAAAACCUUAUUCAAUCUUAGAUACAAUAACCAAAUAUUGUUAUAGAGUAAGAAGUUGAGAUUGUUAGAGUAUGCAAAAAAUAUGAUUCAAUUAAGAAUAUUAUUUCAUCAAGUAUUGAAUAAAGAGAUGAAAACAUAAUGUUUAGAAAUAUGGGUUCAAAUACUAUUUCAAAAGAGCUUAUUGAUUUUUUCAGUUUCAUCAAACCAAUUAAUGAAAACUAUGUGAUAGAGAUUAUUAAUUAUCUUGGAAAACAAAAAUAAAAAGAAAAAGCAUUUAUAAAUAAUGCAUUGAAUAGCAAUUUAGAAUUUUUUAAAGGAUCUAUGGCAGCAGAAUUAUUAUCUUUCAUUAAAUGA